AUGCAGGCUGUGGUGUCGCCGGUGACAAAGGCCAUCUUCGUGGCUCUCUUCCUCUUCCCCAUCCUGCUCAUCUUCUACGUUAUCCUGUGGUACAUCUGCGGCGAUCCUGAGUCCCUCCUGGACCCCGCGGCGCCCGUCCCCGGGACCUCGUGCCCCUUCUCGGGACCCCAGGACCCCGCGACCUUUCUUGGGACCCUACGGCCGUCCUCAAGACCCCGCGCCCGUCCCCCGGGACCCUGCACUCCUUCCCCGGGAUCCGCGCCUCUUCCUGGGACCCCGCACCCCGCACCCCGCUUCUGCUCCCACACUCGGCAGGCACCAAUCUGGGAUCCCAGGCUCCUUCACCCGACGCUGCGCUUUUUGCCUGGACCCCGCGCGGCUUCCCCAGACCCCACGCCCACUCCCAGGACCGGGAGCCCCUUCCUGGGACCCGCGCCCCUUCCCUGGACCUCGCGUCCUGAUAAUGAACUCACGCCCCUUCUG